AUGCCGGUGACCAACUUCUCAACCGAGGAUAAGUACCAAUAUCUGAAUGGUUUUGGUUCGUUUCAUGAAUCAGAAGCCAUCAAAGGCGCCUUGCCUAUCGGUGCCAACUCGCCACAAAAGGCACCUUAUGGCCUGUACGCAGAGAAGCUUUCCGGCACAGCAUUCACAGCACCUCGUCACGAGAACCUCCAGACAUGGCUGUAUCGCAUCAUCCCUUCUGCCUCUCACACUUCCUUCGAGCCACUGAAGCACAAUAAGCCUGAGUCUGGCGGCAAGCUUCACCAGAUUCCAAACCAACUGCGAUGGGAUCCCUUUGACAUCAACCAUGAGACAGACUGGAUCAGCGGCCUGCGAAAAGUGGGCGGCGCCGGCGAUCCAACGUUGAAGACGGGGCUCGGUAUCUUCAUCUUUGCAGCAGGCCGGAGCAUGGACUCCAACGUGGCCACUUACUCCUCGGACGGCGACAUGUUGAUUGUUCUUCAGCAUGGCGACCUCAAUAUAAAAACGGAGAUGGGCAACUUGCUCGUUCGCCCGAACGAGAUUGUUGUUAUUCCGCGAGGGAUCAAGUACCGAGUCGAUCUUCCUUCGGGUCCUGUGCGCGGAUACAUCCUCGAGCUGUACCAGGGCCACUUCGUCCUGCCCGAGUUGGGCCCCAUUGGAUCGAACUGCUUGGCGAACCCGCGAGACUUCCAGAUUCCGACUGCCGCGUUUGACGAGGACGCGACUGGAUGGUCAAUCAUCAACAAGUUCAACGGGGACUUCUUUAUUGCGGAACAGAACCACACCCCCUUUGACGUUGUGGCCUGGCAAGGACGGUAUUAUCCUUACAAGUACGACCUGGGCCGCUUUUCCGUCAUUGGGAGCAUCUCCUUCGACCACCCAGAUCCGUCCAUCUACACCGUCCUAACAGGGCCUUCUGAUCACCCAGGAACGGCGGUUGCUGAUUUCGUCAUCUUUCCGCCCCGAUGGCUGGUACAGGAAGACACUUUCCGGCCCCCAUGGUACCACCGCAACACAAUGUCCGAGUUUAUGGGCCUCAUAUGCGGUGAUUACGAUGCCAAGACUGGGGGUGGCUUCCGCCCUGCCGGAGCCAGUCUGCACAACGUCAUGUCCGCCCACGGGCCCGAUGCGAGCACGUUCGAGCGCGCGUCCAAUGCCGAGCUGAAGCCGCAGAAGAUUGGCGAGGGAAGUAUGGCGUUCAUGUUUGAGAGCUCUCUGAUGAUUGGCGUGACGGACUGGGGCUUGGAGACAUGCCAGAAAGUCCAGAAGGGCUACAGCGAGGAUAGUUGGACGGGUCUUGUGUCUCAUUUCAAGAGGCCGGAAUGA